AUGUUUGGUACGAAGUUUGUGGAGGCAAUCAUCGCACUUGACAAGGUGAGUUCAAAUAUAUUCGUAUCACAGCCUGGCUCAUUAGGACACGAGUGUGAUACUAUUAAUUUACGCUAAAGUGAUACUUUAUUACUUUAUUACUUUAUUACUAUACUUUAUUUUACUGUGAUACUAUUUACUUACGCCUACCUUGGAAGUUAUUUUGUUAUUCCGUUGGACAAACAUUUGCAUGUUUUCUAAAGUAAUAGCUAGUAUAUGUAACUGAUCAUGAAUGUGAGAGACUAUUGUGUUCACACACACAUAUAUCGCAUUGCUUCUCCCAUGUUAUUAUUAUUCCAAAUCUCUAUUAAUAAAUUCUUGUCGCAACUGGAUUGAGGAUUUGGAUUUCAACACUAUCACAACUUGGUGUGUGAACAAUUAUCCGCCUCUCUUUACUGGGAACCAAUUAAAACUCAAAUUAAUACUAUAUCUCGUAUACAUGAAUUUAUAUGUUGUUUUAUGGCUUGUUUGCUCUGUAUCUCGAUAUCGAUAUGUUUGAAUAUUAUUUUAUUGUGAGUCCGCGAUACCUGGGACUUCACUAAGGUACUUAGCAGGAAACGUGGGUGGGGAGUAACAAUAAAUUAAAGAUAUGUUAGAUUCCCCUCUGUGAGGGCGGAGGGAGGGGGCAUGGUUGCCCAGAUGGUGGUUAGUAAGGACGUACUGUACGCAUGAAUGAAGUUGAUAUGCAUGCCUGCAUUUGAACUAUGCACAUUUCGUAUGACAUAACAACAGACAGUUGUUACAGUUUCUAGCCUGGCCUAACUUCCAAUAUAGAGUUGUCUUUACUUGUAACAACAAUAGUUAGAGAUAUUUGUGUACAGUUAAUCACCAGACUCGGAAACACAUUUACAUCAAAUAAAAAUAUGUAGUGUUUUGGAAUCAACAUGUUCUGACGUAAGUUUGAUUGUCGUCGGCGAUAAUAUGUGUAUGAAAAACACCACGUGGCAAUAUUUAAAAAUACAAAGCUUACAUCUCAAUAAGUGCAAAAUUAUAUUAUUAACAACCAAAAUCCGGUUCGCCGAUUGAAAACAUCUUCCAAAGCUGUGUGUAAUAUCCUUAUUAUAGGUAUGUUGCGGAAAAUAUCGUUUUACCAAGAGAUUUUAGCCACAAAGUUUGGAAACAUGUCGAAAUUUACCACAAAAUACUGAUCCUUUAUUUUUAAAACACGUUUUCUCCUAUGUAUAAUUGCCUUAAUUAGGAAAGUCGGAAAAUACACGUGUUCGAUAAUUCCGUAAUUGUACGAAAAAUUACGAAAAAUUAAUUAAAUUUGAUUUUCUUUAAAAUAGGUUUGAACGUAACACAUAUAACACAAUUUCCUGAAAAUGAACGAAACGGAAAUUAAUAGUUACUUGCAUGCAAAGUUGGGUAAACAAUGAGAACAACUUUUUUGAAGCAAUCAGCUUUUGCAAAAAAUUAAAAUAACAAUAGGUAGAUGCUAUACAUAAGCAUAUAAAUAAAUUAUUCGCACUAGGUACAAGAACAAGGAGGAAUUUUGUUCUCGACCAACCAAUGCACUUAAUUUGUUGACAUUUUCACUCUAAGCCAAUCAGAAUGCAUAAUUUGUUACUACUUCCGGUGAAAUUGAACAGAAAAUUUAGGAUCUUAACUAAAGCUUCGAGAGGUCAGGAUUUUUAAUUUUUAAUUUAGAUCUAACGUGACACGUUUAAAUAAGAAAUUUUAUAGUUGAUUUUGGAUCAGUCAUUAUAUUGUCCAACACCGUCCAACAUUGUUAGAACAACAAUUUUGCAAAAUUUUUGGCUUGUCUGCACUGGGCUUAAGAUAUCAGGCGCUUAAUUGUAUUGCCAUGUGUAUGGGAGAAUUAAAGACGCAUACCAUUUUUUAGAAUAGUGUCUUGGAACGUACCUGCAAGUGGAAAAGAAAACUUGGGGAGUUUGAUAGUCGCCGGGAGAAGAGGAGUGUUAUUAACAUCAAUUGAGAAACAUUAUACGAAGGAUAAGGGAAAGGUAAAACCGAUUUAAAACGUACCAUUAGAAAGGGUUUUUUAUAGUUUGGUUUACGAUAAAAUGCGCCAUGGCUAGAAAUCCAAUACAAUGCGCGGUUUAACCUGCAGGCUCAAAAUUACAUAAAUUGCAGAUUUGCAUAAUUAAUUACUUUGUAUUAAACAUGGCGGUUCAUAUCUACAGGAGUUGAACGAUUUAAGGAGCCUUGUUCUAUGCAGCAUAGCUGAUCUUUAUAGCUAGAACAAGACUAAACGCGGCAAAUAUAUAAUGAAUAUCUAAAGCCAAAAGCCCAAAACUAUAUCCUGCGUACAUUGAGCUUUAUUAGCAUAUUCUAAUGAAGGCAUCGCAACUGCUAAUUUCCAUUGCAAUCAGCAAUCUAAUGGCGGAAUGUCAACAGAAAGUGUAUAUUUACCAAGCCAAUGGUCGAUCGAUUGACAACGACUCUGCGGCGCCUAAAUCGCACUUUUUUAUGGAGUUUGGGGACCUACUUAAAGAUACGUCCCAAAAGGCUUCGCAAAACAAAGAAUAGAUAUUCUCGAGUGUAUUUAGAUAAUGAGAGCAAAAACGCAAGGGAUUUUCAUCCGUGCAUCACAUAUUUCGAUCGGGCCGGAAGCAAUAUUUUCUAAAAUUCAUAGACAACAGUAUUAAAGUUGAUCCCCUAUAAACAGGCACGAAUUUUAAGCGGACACUCCGUUUCAGCGGGCACAUACAUCCGGACCCAAAUAUGUUUUUAAAAAAGACUACACUAUUACCAUUACCCGGUUAAGUGGAAAAUCUAAUAAGCGGAAACAGCCAUCUAAAUCGAGGUGCCAAUGAGCCGACCAAACCUGAUAUACUGCCAACAACACAUAUAUGCUGCAAAAGGCCGUUUUAUUUGAAAGUAAUAAAAACUUGACGUCCGGGUUCUUGAAAGAACGUUACGAAGUAAGCAAGGGCAUGUGGUGAAAAUCUAGUACAUUAGAAUACUAAAAUUUAGUGAAUGAUUGCUUUCCGGGGCGGGGUUUCUAGAAGAACAAGGCAAACAUAUUACAAAGUGCUAACGGUGUUGUGGCAGGUUUGAUUCAAAGUUAUAUAAAGCUGAUGUAUCGGCUUUUCAAAAAAAGAAAGAAAAAAACUCAACACUUCUUCGAGCAGCUGCUAAAUAUUUCUGAAACAAACACGGAAGGCAGUCCAGUUACGGUUUCUAUUUGUAUAAUCGUUAUUUGCCACUUCCGCGUUGCACAUCUAUUAGCAAAAUGACCACAGAAUACUAGCUGCCCUAAUCAAUGAGACACGUUACACAGUCAAAAUUUCUGCUGCUGAUGUAAUCAUAAUAGUUACAUUGAUCCUGUGAAGACUUGCUUGACUAUAUUGUGGUAUUCAUUCUUAUAGCCUUCACGGUCAAGUUUUGCAGCGAUGUUUCCCAACCAGACAGGCAUGGAUACAUGGAACGAAAGUGAUUGGACGAAAUAUAUUGAAUUUCUGAAACAAAUUGAACUUGGAGAGGAAAUUAUGUUAAUUUUCAUUGCUAUUCUCACCACUCUGGGCAAUUCAUUGGUUUUGGUAGCGACCUGGAGAGAAGAAAGUCUUCAUCAACCUAAUAAAUAUUUUAUUGCUUUCCUGGCUGUCGCUGAUCUCGUGGUUGGUAUGUUUCUAGCACCACUGAAGGUGAAUCUAAUCCAUCUCGACUCUGAAUCUCGACGUAACCUCUCCAUUCAUCUCUGUCGUUUUAUGGUGUGGAUAGAUACCUUCGCGUUAGCCGCUUCGAUAUUUACCCUAACGUUCAUCAGUUUCGAUAGAUAUCUUAAGAUCCGAAAACCACUUCAGUAUAUAUCCAAAAUGACAACCUCUAAAUCAUUGAAAAUAAUCUUUACCAUUUAAUUGGCUGGUUUCGACUGCCUGCGCUACCUUCGCUGCCUCUCCAUAUUCAGGAAGCUAUGGAAUCGUCCUGAUGAAUACCAAUUUAAAAUAUUGUCCCGGCGAUGACAGCAAAGAGAGAGGAUUCUAUACACUUCUAGCAGUCGUGUUUAUUAUAUCUACCGUAAUCAUACUGGUAAUGUACACUCUCAUCUUUGUUGCUGCUCAUAAACGACAAAUUAUGCUGCGAAAUGGCGAACUGGGUCAAACAUGGAAUGAUCAGAACCAACGAAGUGUCUUUCGUCAAGAUCUUAAGGUUAUCCGAAUGUUAUUUGUUGUCUUGGGGAUGUUCAUACUAUGCUGGUUUCUUUUCGUGAUUUUUAAUUUGUUGGAAUUUUACGAUCCAAGCAGCAUUGAUUGGGAUAGCACGUCGUUAAGCUGUCAGUAUUCGAUCCACAUAUCUCGAACAAUUGUUAGCCUACUACCACUGCUAAACAGUCUAUGUAAUCCAAUAAUUUAUGCAUGUCUGGACCAAAAGUACAGAGAGGCGUUCAAAAGUCUGUUUCAACGGAUGAUGUGUCGACCAAGCUUAGGAAGACGACAACUACCAAGUGAAUCCGGAAUAUCCAGAACAUCCGGUGUAGAGUUCCGUCCAGCAAGAACGAGAUGA